CUCAGCCACACCGACCGACAGUGGCUGAAAUUCGAAGCGCAGCAAAUACACACGGCGACGCAUCGAAGGGUCAGAUAAACAGAAACCGAAACAGAAACGGAAACAGCAACAGGAGCGCAGUCGACAGACACGAAACGCAAUUAUUAAAUGCACAUGCAUAUUUAUUUAUAAACGUGUUAAAUGCGCAGUGCAGCGGCCAACUCUUAGUGCCAAGUGCAAUUAUCGAGCGCAACUCCUUCGUCUUUUGCAUCUCUUUUUGUUGCUGUUGCUGUUGUUGUUGUUGCUGUUUUUUUUUUGGUGCUAAUAUUUUAUACAUGUGCAUGUGUUCUAUGUAGAUGUCAUUGUGUGUCUGUGUGUGUGUGUGUGAAAGAAAAGGUGAAACAAAAACAAAAAAGGCGCAGUUGCGGCAGCCGCAGCCGCAAAGCGUAUUUCGUAUGCAAGAAUUGUCGUCAUUAGUUUGAGAGCGUCGACGUUGGCGUCGCCGUUGCCGCGCUGCGUCCGGUUUAAAUUCAAUCAAGCGGCAAGAAAAAAAUAAUAAAAAAAAAGGAAAGAAAAAUAAAACACUGGCAACGCCGCAUUGUUAUUAUUCCCGUUGUUGUUGUUGUCAAUUGAACGAAGCUUUUUUUUGCGAGCCCAACUGACUCCUCAUUCUGUCUCUCUCUCGCUCGCUCGCUGUGAAGCGCCGUUGGUUUGAAACGAAAUUUGUAAACGGUUAACGGUAAAAACGUGAGUGCAUUCAACUUGCUGACAAAAUGAUGCAUCAGCAGCAGCAGCGCCAAUUGUGAAUUUUCUGCAAUCCGACGUAGAAACUGAACGACGAAUUCCCUUUGUAAGAAGUUUACCGUAAGCGCCAAACGCAAUGCUCGCUGCUAACGUGCCCUCAACGUCGUGCAGUGCUGUCGACGCUGGCGUCGCUGCCGGCAGCGCUUGCGAUGAGCGUACAAGGCUGUUGGGCAGCACACCGACACCGCCGCUGGCAGCAUCGCCGCCGACUACGCUAGCGUUGCCACUUGUACAUGCGACAGCGACGCAUCCGUCCCGCAACAACCACAAUAACAACAACAACAAUAACAAUGAUAAUAGCGACAACAACGAUGUUAUGGAGGCCAGCAACAAUAACUACAACAACAACGACAACAACAGAAGCGACGUCGACGAUCUGUCUGAGGAGACGGCCACAACGGCCGCUGCGGCAGACUCCAGCGAUCAAAGUGAUAAAUUCAACCGCCCGCCUACAAAUCAGAAAAAGCCAAAGCUCAGCAAACUGGGCACCAAAAGCGUUGGCCUCAAACGCGUUUCUUUUGGCUCAUCGAAAGGCUCAAUGGUGGAGACUUUGGUAUUUGAGACGCCAACGCCGCUUUCUGAGCAUGUUGAGCCUAGUUUUGGUUUCGAUGCCGCAGAUGCUGCUGCUGUCGCUGCUGGUCAGCCGCAGCAAUUUGCAUUGCUAUCAACAGCAACAACAACAGCGGCGGGAACAACAACAGCAGCAACGCAUUUACCGCUAGUCAGCAACAUCACUUACGGUGACUAUGCGAAAGUGAAUAUGGAUGAUAGCGGCAUUGAGGUGCAAGAGGAAUCGGAGCGUUCGAUAGUGCGCGUUUCAAUUUACCAAAGCAGUCAGCCGCAACAGAUUUGUCCACCAGCCGAGUAUACAUUAACGAGUUUUUCAGAUAACCUAGAUAAUACGUUUAGUAGCUACAAUUGUAACUUAGACUAUACGCAAAUGGCGACGGCGACGAUGCAGCCAACUGUCGGCCUGGGACCGGCCUAUGACAGACAGCAGAGCACUGAUUCCGGCUGGGAUAAUCCAUUUCGUCCUGGCGGCGAUCUGUCCAGAGAGGCUGAUGAAAUUGUUAGCAUGAUACGUGGUGGCAAACCCAUCACGCCUACUGAGGAUCGUACAAUAGGCAAUGGCAACGCACAGCAUGGCGAUGAUAACUGUAAUGGCGCUACCACUGCAAUAAGCGAGAGCGUUACCAAAACAAAUCUCUCGCAGAAUCAGGCGACAGCACAAAACGGUACAAAUUCCCACGGCGGCAGUAAAGUGGCCAGCUCGACAGGAGCAGGAGCAGGAGGUGGUGCUGCUGGUGCUGGAUCAGCUGGCAAGGCGGAGAGCAAUAAUGGCGUCACUUCUUUGGCUCAAGUCUCAAAGCAAGUGGUGCCUGGACCAACUUCCGCUAGUCAUGUGGUUAUCGACGAGAAGAAGAACAAGAAAAAGGGCUGCUGUGUGGUGCAAUAAAAAUCAACAAGAAACAACUAUAACAAGAAGAACUACAACAACAACAAUACUAAAAAGCACACACACAAACAACAAGCUGAGGCAAAAACAGACGAGGGACAAACGAUACACUGUGUGAGAGAGAGGGAGAGGGAUAGCCACAGUCACACGAAAGCCGAUGGAAGGAUGAAGAAGAAUGAUAAUUGGGGGUACUGGCUUUUGGUAGCUUUGGUUGGGGCGUAUCAUAUUUAAUGUUAAUGUUAAAUGCUAACUUUUUUGGGGGAACAAAACCGAAGCUGUUGAUAUUUGAAAAAUGCUGCUGCAUUGAAACGCUUGCUUACAAAACAAAACAAAACAGACAAAUACAAAAACAAAAGCAAUGCAAAUGAAAACGAAACACACACAGACACAGAUGAAGAUGAAGAUGAAAGAUGAUUGAAAGAAAACGCGAGCUCUCUGAACAGAACCAACAGAAAACAGUUAAUUGUAAACAUAGCGAACAGCGAGCGUAACAGCAGCUGUUAACCGGCCAACUCUGUCUGCGCCUUAACAGUUGCUGUUGCCAUCGCUGUCUCACUCAUCAUCAACUCAAUGCGCGCUAUAGCUGUCGCUGUCUAACCCACGUGCAGUUGCAGU